AUGAGCAGCAAGCCGGCCACCGACGGGUCGAGGCGUGGAAGCCGCGGAAAGCCCAAAUCCCCAAAGCAGCAAGUCACCGUCGCUGCCGGCCCCAACGCCGCCGCGGCUGUGACCAAGAAGCGGUAUUCAAAAACAAAGCUGGGGUGCAAGACGUGCAAAGUCCGCAAGAUUCGCUGCGACGAGACGUCGCCCGUCUGCAACAACUGCACCAAGUCCGGCCGGCGCUGCGACGGCGUCGCCGAGCCCGUCAACAAGGACGGCGGCCUGACCUUUACCGCGCCGCUGACGCUGACGCACUUUCGGCCGACCCAGACCGGCUGGCUGACGCCUCAGGAGAUUGCCCACCUCGACCUCUUCCGCCAUGAGCUCGUCUACAGCAUCGUCGGCCACGUCGGCACGCCCUCGUGGAAGCGCCUCAUCCUCCAGGCCGUCCACGAGGAGGUGGCCCUGUGCCACGCCGUCGUCGCCUUUACCGCCCUGAGCACCUCCGCCGCCGGCAGCCUCCUACCCGGGGACGGCGGGAGCGACAGCGGCGGUCAGGGUGUCGCCGUGUCAGGCGCACAGUCGCCGCUGUCGCAUCACGCCUCGCGCGAAAACGAGUUUGCGCUGCGGCAUUAUGGCAAGGCGCUCGAGGCGAUGCGCCACGUCUUUCGCCACAACGAUAAACGCUCCAUCAACACGGCGCUGCUCUGCACGCUGCUGUGUAUAUGCUUUGAGCUGCGAAUAAAGGAACCGGCCACCGCUCUCACACACCUCGAGCACGGUCUGCAAGUGGUUAGUUCAAAUUUGCAUACUGUCGACGAAGCCAUAACAACGGCAUUUGCGAGGCUAGACCUCCAGGCCGCGAUAUUCCUAGGGAUACGACCACCGGCAUUAGAUCCGUCGCGGGUGGCUUCCCGCAUCUUCGUCUUUGAUUCUGUAUACCAAGAGGCCGACCACGCACUGGCCGGCCUCACAAACCGCGUGUGGACCUUUAUCCGCACCGUGGCCGCCGACUACCGCUACGAGGAGCUCGGCCCGGUGCCCGACGCUGUCGCGGCCCAGGCGCAGAGCAUCCGGAAGAGCCUCGACGGCUUCCACGCGCAAUACCUCACCCCCGGCAGCAAGCUCGACAAGAUGCUGCCCGAGCAGACCAGCCUGCUGCGCAUCAAGCACCUGACCUCGGUCGUCAUCAUGAGCGGUUGUCUGUCGCCCGAGGAGACCGUCUACGACGCGCACGCGGCCGACUUUGUCGCCAUGGUCGACCUCGCCGCCGACAUCCGCGCGCGCCAGCAGCAGCUGAUUCCAAACUACGCGGCCGGCAGCGGCGGCGGCGGCGGCUUCCAGCUCGACAUGGCCGUCAUCCACCCGCUGUACCUGACGGCGACCAAGUGCCGGUGUCCUGUGACGCGGCGGCGCGCGGUGCAUGCGCUGUACACGGGCCCCGAGUUUGAGGGCGCGUGGGAGGGUGUGGUGAAUGCGCGCAUCGGCGAGCGCGUGAUGCAGAUGGAGGAGGAAGGCUUGGUGUUUGACCUGCACCGGCUUCAGGACGGUGAGCUGCUGGAUGUGCCUGAGCAUAUGCGCGUGCACUCGGUGGAUAUAUGUACGGAGCCGGCGCAGGGCCGCGCGACGGUCUAUUUUAGUCGCCGGCCAAACGGGCCGGGCUCGGAGUGGGACGACUUGCAAGAGGAGAUGGUUUGGUGA